AAGCAGCAGCAGCAGCAGCAGCAGCAGCAGCAGAAGCAGCAGCAGCAGCAGCAGCAGCAGCAUUCGCCUUGGAAGAUGCAGCGUCGCAUCUACCUGCUCACCUACAUGGUGGCAGCUGCUGCAACCAUCCCCGUUGCUUUGACUUUCAACAUUGACACAACAGAUCCAGAGGUCCAUCCUGGUGAACAAAAAGAUUUCUUUGGGUACAAAGUGCUUCAGUUCAUAUCUGGUGGAAACAAAGGGAUAAUCGUCACUGCACCUCUACGGCUGAAUGGUUCUGGAGGAAUAUUUAAACACGACCUGUAUGAAACCGACAAGUGGUUCAGCCCAGAUGAACAUUCUCUGUCAAAUGAGAUAGAAGUGAAGCACCUUGGCUUGUCGAUGGCUGCAGACUCCACAGGCUCCCAGUUCACUGUUUGCAGUCCAAGUGUUGCCCAUGAAUGUUAUGAGAACUCCUACCUGAACAGUAUCUGUUACAACAUCAACGAUCAGUUUGAGCAGAAGUCUUUCAUGCCCAAUUUCCAAGAUUGCACAAAAAAGACAGUGGACCUCGUGUUUCUAUUUGAUGGAUCAAAGAGUAUGACUGAAGACGAGUUCAAGCAAAAUAAGGUUUUCAUAAAGGAUAUAAUGGACAGCCUUAAAAACACAUCCAUCAAGUUUGCAGCAGUUCAGUUCUCCACUAACUGCACCAAAGUUUUUGACUUCAAUGACUAUGAAGCUGGUAGUGCUGAUGAUAAACUUCAGAAGGAACGCCAUUUGAAGGGUCUCACCAACACAUACAGAGCACUAACAUUUGUGUUAGAUGAACUGUUUGAGAACCCCAAGGCAGGCGCCUCUCCUGAUGCAAUUAAAGUCAUGGUGCUAAUCACAGAUGGAGAUCCAAGUGACUUUGACAGAAGUGGGAUUAUUAGAAGAUAUGAUAAAAAAAACAUAAUUCGCUUUGUCAUUGGGGUAAAAGAGGCUAAGCUGGACAAAUUCAGGGCCAUCGCUUCUGAACCGAAAGACAAAAAUGCCUUCAAAAUUGAGAACUAUGACGGACUAACUGGAGUACUGGAAAAUUUUCAGAUUAAGAUCUUCAACAUGGAAGGCACCAAAGUGGCUCUGGCAGGUAACAUGACUAACGAGAUGGCUCAGAGUGGAUUCAGCGCCGCCUUCUACGAGGAUUCAUUAAUUCUGGGUUCAGUGGGAUCAAACAGCUGGAGUGGUUCUCUUCAAGAAAUUCAACAAAACAAGGACACUUCAAGACAGAUUGAAGAUCCAGAGAUGCAGAUGGACUCCUACAUGGGAUACUCUGUUUCUGUUGGAAAAAGGAAUAGUGUUCCUCUAUAUUUCUCGGGUGCACCAAGGUUUGAGCACACAGGACGGGUCAUACUGUUCAAAAACCAAGGCAAGAACUGGACAACAGCCCAAAGAAUAGAUGGAGACCAGAUUGGUUCCUACUUCGGUGCAGAACUGUGCUCAGCAGAUGUUGACUCAGAUGGGAACACCGAUUUUUUGCUGGUGGGAGCUCCACUGUUUUUCCAGCCACAGGAGAAGAAAGAAGGUCGCAUCUACAUCUACUCACUGACUGACAAGAUGGAACUGGAAAGUAAACUGAACGUGAUGGCACCAUCCAUGGGUAGAUUUGGCACCACCAUAUCCAUUCUUGCAGAUCUCAAUGGAGAUAGGCUCAGAGAUGUUGCUGUUGGAGCCCCCCUCGAGGAUGAUAACCGGGGGGUCGUGUACUUAUAUCUCGGAGACAGACACAAAGGGGUACGCAAAGAUUUCAGCCAGAGAAUCAUGGGAGCAAGAAUAGAUCCUGGGAUGAGAUUCUUUGGACAGGCCAUCGAUGGGGACAUCGACCUCGGACAGGACAAGCUCCCAGAUAUUGUGGUUGGAUCACAGGGCGCUGCUUUUGUCUUAAGGUCCAAGCCCGUCUUUAAUGUCAUGGCUGAUCUGUCUUUUCAACCUAAGGAGAUAAGCACUGAGAAAUUUGACUGCCUUGGCUCAGAUGAAAAUUUACUUAUGGUUACUCUGACAGCCUGCUUUCAAAGGGAAGAGGCAACAAAGAGAGGAGCAGCGGCAGAAAGCUCCCAAAUGAACAUCUCGUACACGAUCAGUGUGGAUCCAAGGAGACCAAUAUCUCGAGGUUUUUUCAGUGAAACUGAUAAGAAAGCCAGGAAUCUCACUACUACCUUUGAGCUUGAGGAUAAACAACUCUGCUUCAACCACUCCAUCUACAUGCAAAAAUGUGUGAAAGACACAUUAUCGCCUGUCAGCAUCAAACUGGAAUUUUCCCAGGAUGACAGUGAGAGUGCGGCUGCUGUCUUGAACGUGGACAGCAACAAUCAGUCAGAUGUCGAGAUUCCCUUUGAAAAGCAUUGCAGAAAAAAUGACACCUGUAUUGCCGAACUUGAGGUGGAUUUCAGCUUCAUGACUCCGACAUUGUUGGUGGCAGAAGAUAAUUAUUUCAACAUGUCUGUAAAACUGGUCAAUCAUGGUGAUGACUCGUACGACACCAGGCUUACGAUGAACUACCCUCCAGGCCUCUCCUUCUCCUGGAUGACUCUUAUAGAGGCAACAAGACCAACGCUACACAGCUGCAGUGGUUUGGGAGACGCACUCGAUACAACUAUAUGUGAUAUCAGCCUUCCUGUGUAUCGCAGCAGAUCCUCUGCAACAUUUAAAAUCUCUUUCCGCAUCAUGAAUGACAACGACUGGAAUGACACAAUCUCCAUGACCGCUGCUGCAACAAGUGAUAAUACAAACUCCACGAGUCCCAUUUCCAUGACCAAAAAUAUCCCAGUACAGCACGAAAUUAAAAUGGCACUAACUGUGAGCGAAAACACCAUCAACUAUUUGAACUUCACAACAGAGGAUGAUGCGCCUAAAAAAUUACGUACGAUAUACAGGAUUGAUAACACUGGUUUUAAGGAUUUUCCUGUCAACGUAUCCCUGGCCUUCCCAACUAAACUGAAACAUGGCUUUGAAAUGAAGAACUAUCGAGUCUUUGUAGAGCAGAACAAAACUGAGUGCACGUCCUCUACUGGCUUUAAAUCUGAACACUGCCCACCAGAGCAUAAGUGCAUAGCCAUCGCGUGUGAUACUUUCAUUCUGGAGAAAAAUUCAGCUGUUGAGUUUCAAUUGUUAGGAGAUGUACAGUUUAAAGACCUCAAACAGCAAGCAGAGAACAUCGCCUUUCUGAAAAAAUAUACUGGAGAGAGUGCAGAGGUUAAAUUUACAAGUUUUCUACGUGUUGACUAUGACAAGAAGCGAUAUGUGCUGGAUUCAGAUAAACAAGACACUAAGGACAAGUCUCAUGAAACCAGCUUCAGUGAUCCAACAAGGACAUCGAGUACAGUUCGGGUUGAGUUCACAAUCCUCCCCAAUCAACUGUUGAUCAUUUUAACUGGAGCCGGACUGGGAUUCUUGCUUCUGAUCAUUAUCACAGUCAUCAUGUUUAAGAUGGGCUGCUUCAAGAGGAAAAUGCACCAGUAUUGUCAAGAACUAGAGGAAGAAGUUGCUCUUCAGGCUGGUGCUGCCAAUGGGUCUACGCCUGGCCCAACCAAUGGGAUUAGCAGCAAACCAGAGCCUGAUGACCAAUCGGACCAAUCUCCAGAAGAUAAAAAGCUGCUUGAAGCCAAUGAUCAGGAGGAAGAAACUGUUUCCGACUCAUCGUCAUUGCAGAAGUGACUCACAUUUUCAUCAAGGAAAUCAUCCAAAUCCAAGCUUAAGAAAAUCUGGAUAUUUCUUUAAACUCAUAUUAGUCUACAUGUAUUAUUUUACAAAUGGCCCAAAAUAAAAAGCUUGCAGUUACAUUCUGUAAAAAACUAAAUAUUCUGCGUUCCCCAAAUUAGAGACUCACCUGUGACUGACAGUCGUGACAAAAAUUCAAGGACUUUUCGGCUGAACUGCAGGCUGUUUACACAGCGCAGAGGGGAAAAGUGUGGAAACAAAUUAGAAAUGUAAGUAAAAUGAAAUAUGAACUAUUUAUUGUACAUAAAACCACCAUUUUUUCUGGUAUUGGUAACAUCAGUGGACACAGUAAGUUAGAUGAUGAAUUAACAUUAUUCAAAUUGUAAAAUAGUUUUUUAGAUUUGCACAGGCACUGCUGGUUUCUGCACAGCUAUUUAUUGAGUGAACUGUUGAAGUAUGAUUUGUUAAAUGUGUAAGUUUUAUUUCUAAUCAUCUCAAUGAAUGCAGUGUGUACAUUUAAAUGAACUGUUCAUCAGUUGUUGAUUUUAUAAACAGAGUGGUGGUGUAUUAGUUGGGUUUUUAAUUUAUAACCAGAAGAAGCAGACAAAAUUUAAAAGGUUUUAAGGUUGGAUUGAUGGAGAACUUAACAAUGCAUUGUUCCCUUUUAAAGUGAGCAACAACAGCUUUUUAAGAGUUUAACAGCUUAAAUCUGAGAUUACAAAUUUACAAUUAGCUACAGUGUAAAAAAUCUAAGAAAAAUUCUGUUUCACUCUCUUACAAGGGGUCACUUGAGAAUUGUAUACAGCAAAAGUGAAAAAAACAUCAUUUUACACCAGGAAAAAAUUGAACUGAAGAAAGUUGUUUCCUAUUUCUGUACUACUCUGUACUGUGUAUGUUUUUUUUAGGUGUUAAACGUCUUAUUGUUUGUGCAGUGUUGUUUAUUAAUUUCUUAUGAAUGCUUGAAUUUUGCAUCAAAGUAUGACAGUAUUUAAUGUUCAUCCUGUAAACAAAAUUAGAGGUCGACUGUUUUUUUUCAGCACUGAUAUUAUUUGUAGUUGUCAAUAUUUCGACCUUAUAUAAACCGUAUAUAUUAAUACUGAAGAUGAACACUUUGUUUACAACUUAAUUCCAUAAGUGUUCUUUUAUAGUUUUGAUGUCUUCAGUAUUAAUCCACAAUGUAUAAAAUAAUUAAAUAAAAACCACUGAAUGAGAAGGUGUGUCCAAACUUUUCACUGGUAGUGUAUGUAUAUGAAAAGAUUUAAAAAAUAAAAUCUUGGUGUCAAAUUUGAGGACAACACAAACUUCAGCAUUAAAGUUUCUUGAAAUGCCUUU